GUCAGACUAGAAAACCCGCGUUUCGAUUUCCGACCAUAAGAACGAAAAAAAAGAAAGAGAAGAAGAAGAAGAAAAACAACGUCGCCUCAUGGCUGACACGUUACCUCGUGAAACGUCCUCACUUCCCGUGGAGGGUUCAAAUAUGGGAGGAGAAAUCGCAGCCGAGGCAUUAUUAUUAGCUCCUGUCCAGAGCUCUGUCGAGCUUAGCAGCGACUCUUUCGGAGCCUUGUUAGACCGGCGGAAAUACCAAACAAACAAAAUCCUCUCGGAAGUUUUCUCUGGCCAAUGGUAGUGGGUUCGUGGCAACGACAAUUUUUUCGCGUUUAGUUUCUGGGUUUAUGUUCACUUGAUUGCGUAACUCAAAAUCGAUAGCUUUGCGAGAAGAAGAAUUAAAACAACGGCUUUUACCGCUCUCGAGGCCACUAUACCGCGACCGUUCUAUUUGUCGGUUUUCUCUGCCACAUUGACCUCUUUAUUUGUUUUACUUAUUUUGCAAGGUGUGAGCUUUCAUGGCGGAUGGCGUUGACAUGUGAUCAUAAUGUAUGUUACUUGCGAUAGAUAACCUACGAGUUAUGAAUGUACAAGUUAUCGAAAAUGCUACUGGUGAUUCCGAAGUAUGAAGUUUUGCGUGUUUUUAAAGCAGCUCUUUAUCAAAACCUGGCUAGUUACAGAGUCUUAGCUUGGGGAUGCUGAUAUAUGGUAUUAGGCUAUUAGCAUGAUUGCCAAAGGGGAUUGGAGGAUGUGAUGCACAUUAUUUUUCUUUGAGGUUUCUGUGCAAUUCAUAAUUUCUCUACACACUCAAUCACUUCUGUAAUUCUCAGCUUCAAAAGUUCAAAGGUACAUUGCCCAAUUACAUGAUUGAGUUUUUGCUAGUAUUUUGUACGCUUUUGGCUAUGGCUAUUAUCAGACAAUCAGUUGCAGCCAGAUGUGUGUGUGUAAUGGAGAGAAUUAUGUUUCAAGUGCUGUUUUAUAAUCUGUUUACACUUAUCAAUCCUCCGCUCUAUGGACAAGAAGGAAGAAAAAUGCACGACAACAACUGCACGGACAGGUUGUUUCCCAUUGCUAAAACUUUGAAAUUGUAUGCUACGCAGGGACAAUAGAAUGGAUUCUGUCAACAAAAUAGAGAUAGUCCCAGCCAAUGAUUCUUUAGUCAAACAUAGCAAACGAAGCUUUCUGUUUCGUUCCUCCACUUCUGCCCAAGACUUGAGACAUUUUGAACUUGAGAAGGAGAAAGAAGACGUUUCAUCUCCUAGAGGAGUGUUAGAAGCCUGCAUACGAGACUUUGAUUCUUCUCUACAAUCAUCCGAAAUGGAGAAUCGCUGUUCAAGGUCCAGGGCACAAAUUAGUUGGAGCAAAUAUUUAAAAAAUUUGAAGAAGAGGUCAAUUAAGCGUCUAGCAUCCUUCCCUCCUCUUGUUGCACCAACGAUAGCAAAAGGGAAAAGCAAAAGCAGUAGAGAAAAUCCUGUUUUGACUAAUGUAUACAACUUUAGAUCUUCGUUGGCGAACUUCACACUCUCUGAAUUGAUAAAUGCAACCAACAAUUUUAGCAAUGAAAAUAUGAUCGGAAGAGGUGGCUAUUCUGAAGUUUACUGGGGUCGUCUCGGAGAUGGGAGUUUAGUAGCUAUCAAGAGAUUGACUAAAGGGACUCCAGACGAGAGGACUGCAAGCUUUCUAUCUGAGCUAGGUAUUAUUGCUCAUGUUGACCAUUCCAAUAUUGCAAAGCUUAUUGGAUGUGAUGUAGGAGGUAUGCACCUUGUCUUCCAACUUUCUCGACUGGGAAGCUUAGGAUCUCUCCUUCAUGAUCCAAGUAAAAGCAAGUUAGAUUGGAGUAAAAGGUAUAAGAUUGCUCUGGGCGUAGCCAAUGGCCUCCUCUACCUUCAUGAGAGUUGUCACAGGCGAAUCAUUCAUAGAGAUAUCAAGUCAGAUAAUAUACUGCUCACUGAAAGCUUUGAGCCACAGAUCUGUGACUUUGGGCUGGCAAAGUGGUUACCCAAACAAUGCACUCACCAUAAUGUAUCAAAAUUUGAGGGCACAUUUGGGUAUUUUGCUCCUGAAUAUUUCAUGCAUGGUGUAGUGGAUGAGAAAACUGACGUUUAUUCUUUUGGGGUUAUAUUGUUGGAGCUUAUAACUGGGCGUCCAGCUGUGGAUGAAAAUCAGCUUAGUGUUGUACUAUGGGCAAAGCCUUUGCUUGAUGAUAAUAAUAUUAAGGACCUUGUUGAUCCUUGUCUUCGAAACGACUAUGACAGAGAACAGAUGGAUCGGGUUGUUUUGACUGCAUCUCUGUGCAUUGAGCACUCUCCUGUCUUGCGUCCCUGCAUGAGUCAGGUUGCAAUACUGCUAAGAGAUGAUGACUAUGUGAGACAACCUACAAAUGCAAGCCGAAGGUGGUCUUUCCUUAGAACAUACUCUCAAGAGCUUUUGGAUGCUCAAGAAUACAACUCAACUAAGUAUCUAAAUGAUCUCAAUCAACACAAGAAGAUUGCUCUGGGAUCUUAAGUGCUUUGGUUGUUAGUACUAAAAUGAUGUAUAUAAAUUUGGAGCUGGUCAAUUAUUGGUAGCUUCUUUUAAGAGUGAAGACGAGAUUUUUGUAGUGUUUGUGCAUGGAAAAUGAAGUGAAUUGUACAUAUCAAUUACGAAUAUGCUACUCACAUGACGACUGUAUCUGUAACCUUUGCAGUAAUAUGUGGGAAGCAUGCAACACAAUCAUGUAAAGUCUGGUUAACUAUUGAAAAGGUAGUUAUUUCUCGUGAAUUUCUAACCCG